GAUUUCCUGUGGCAAUGUUUAUGUCAGUUUCCCGAAGCGAUCGGUGAACAUGAAACCCUAAAAGAGAGAGGAAAACACUGGCUCCACGGAGAUGGCCGAGUCCAACGCGAUCCCGGUGCAAGACGAGAACAACUGUCCCAUCAAAGUGGACCACGACCGCAAAAGGAGACAGUUCGAGGUCCGGUUGAACGGUUCACACGAGCGGGCUGUGCUCUUAUACGAGUAUGUUGGAAAGAAAACAAUUGAUCUGCAACACACAGAGGUUCCUGAUGCCUACAGAGGAAGAGGAAUAGCAAAACUAAUGGCUAAGGCUGCCCUGGACUUUGUGGUUGAGGAGGAUCUCCGAGCUCACCUGACCUGCUGGUACCUCCAGAAGUACAUCAAAGAGAAUCCACUGCCACACUAUGUGGAGCGAAUACAGCAGCGAGCGCCCACAGAUUUCCAACUUCGCUAGGAUCUGAGGAGGUUCUGGAUACAGUGAUCACUGUUACAUACUUGAUUUUUCCUUUCUUUUUUGAGGGGGGGCAGUGGCGGGGGUGGUCAUAUUAAUUAUCUGUGUGCAAUUUAAAAUGCACAACUAUAUCCAGGGGUGGGUAAGGGAGCAGGAAAUAUUUUCUAAAUGUGUGAAGCUAGUGUAUUUACUUUGCAGAAUGUGCCCAUUUUAGCCUCUGGUGGACUCUUGACUUUGUACACAUGGAAUUUCUUCCUCAGUGAGAACUCUGAAGAAUCAGCCCCUCUCCAACUGACUCAGGAAGUAUUUACAUGGCAGGAUAUUACCCAGUUACCAGUUCAACAUGAUGGAUUAGACAAAGGGAUUAUCCUUUCCACACCUUGUCCAGCAUAAUGCUAAAUGUUUCAUUUUGUAAUUCUUUUUAAUUUUUCCUUGUUCAAAAUCCGUGGUUUUGAGCCUAUGUAUUUCCUAUUUGAUUCAUUUUCAUCCAGCUACACUUUUUAAUACAAAAUUGAGUCCAAGUUAAAAGGGUCAUUGGUCAGCUUGGAGGACACCGUCAAGCAGGGCCAGGGAAAGAAAUCAUGGGCACUGGUGCUUCUUCCGUCUCUGGGCUCCUUAUCCCUUUCCUAUCCUUUAAUAACACCCCCCCCUCCUCAAUCAUGCAUGCUAUUUUUUCCCCUUUCAGGAUUCACCAGUCAAUUCACCAAACAAUCACAGAAAGGUCCAGGUAAAAUGAUAACCCCCAUUGUUGACAUCUGGUUAUAAAUAUCAUCCGAUUUUAUAUGCAGCAUGUGUCACUAAUAUUAAGAGCAGCAACGGUAUAAUGCAGUGUUAGUUUGCCUGCACCCUAUAGGUGAUCUCACCACAAGUAUUAAACAAACCAGAGAGUACAAAUUUUAGUGUAACAGCAUCAUGCAAUAUUGUUAAUUUGACAGGAAAAUAUCCCAUUAGUUGUUUAUAACACUGUGCAGACGAUAACAUUGAUUUCAGUGACUGCCUCAUUAACAUGUUCUGUACAUUGCACCAUAUGCAUAUAGUGACAGUAAAUUCAUAUUUGGGGAAAGAUUCAAUACUUGCAACCCAGAUUGCAAGAAAACCUCAGGUUUUUUUUUACAGAUUUCAACUACCUGUUGUGUAUAGGAAAGAAAGACUGUCUCCAUGCUGAAGCUCUCAUUGUUUCAUUGUUGGAGAGUUGUAGAAGGGGAAAAGGAAGGGGAGGAUGCGGAGGGGCUGUCCCAGUCACUUGCGGCUGCCUAAGCUCCCUCCCCAAACAUCCUGACACAGCACUCACUCAACUCGUUCAAGAUAACGCAGUAUCAUUAGAAGCAAAGUUCCAGUUCCCUGGGAGUGUCUGAUGCUGCAGAUGUGGUUGACAGCUGGGUCCAACCUGGCACUUGCCUGAGCUCCCCUGGGGCCAGCUCUCCCCGUCCCCAGACCCGCUCCCCCUGGGAGCCUGCUCCUCCUGGGGCCAGCUCUCCUCGUCCCCAGACCUGCUCCCCCUGGGGACCCGCUCCCCCUGGGAGCCUGCUCCCCCAGGCCUACUCUGGCCUCAUUACCAGUGGAGACCUGUUCUUUCAUUUUUCUGCUUCUCCUUGCCUUGACCUCCUGGAAGAUGUUGUCACAAGUUAUUCAGUGCAGCUGAAAGACUCCUGCAUGGUGGCCUUAACCUUUUAGGCCCAUGAAUUCGAUGCUGCUGAAAACUCUAACGAUUUAUAAUAGGUGUACAAGUAAUUACUUACGCCAAAAGAAAUGCCAUUCUGCAGAUCUGCCCUAGCACUGGUCCUUCAAGAAUAUUAGUUUUAUUUUGAUGUAUUGUUAAGUUCCAACACGUGAUUAUUUAUCGGGUUCCUUUGAAACCAUAAAUAGACAAAUUUCCAUAGAAAUCUUAGACUCGUUUCGAUUCCAGCUGUUUUAUCCACCUUCCCCCACCAAGAAUACCCACAAAAUCUAAAAGCCCAAGAAAUCUUUGCCACUUUAUCUCCCAUCCCUGCACACAUUUCCAUAUUAAUCUUUGUCCACCUCUAGCUUGCCAUGGCCGAUGUGAUUAUAGACGGAGGCUUUAUUCCAACCCUCCCUCUUGCUCUCUCUCCAUACCCACCCUGCACCCCACUCUCCCUUGGCCUUACCAUCUCUAAAUGCACAUCCUUCUUUCUGAUCACCCUUGUUUCCUUUCUCCCCCUUGAGUUGAAUGCAUAAAUCCCAGAAUAAAUGAUCUAAAAAAAUAAAUAAACAACAUUCACUGAAGGCUGGCAGGAGAAUUUGGGGGGGGCUGUGCACGAGUGGGAGAAGCAGGAUCUGUGAUUGGAGGAGCAGGUCUGUCUUUCCCACACCUGCUGCUCCUCCAAUCACUGCUCUGCUGUCUGUUCGACCUUUGGGCAGCUACAUGGUUGACGGGCUUAAAAAAAAAUUGGAAUUACGAAGCUGGCCAAAGGUCAAACUGACAGCAAACGCGGUGAAGCUGACCUGGAAGACCAGCUCAGUCAGGCUGACUGGUCCAAUUCCUUUUUUAAAGUGGUCUUUCAUGUCUGCAGCUCUACUUCUGGCUGCUCAGGCUGGACAAAUUCCAUUUACAAUACUGAGCCAAGGCCCUCCCCUAGCUCCCAGUGUUUUGUACCAGUUACAGCCCCCUAUCCUGGGCCUUGCCACCAAGGUUAUAAAACAGUAGGAGGAGAAGCCUAAACAAAUCGGGAUAUCGUGGUGAGGGGACAUUAGGCUGGGAUUUUAAAAGCUUGUGAGAUGUAGGAGGAAGGGAAGACUGACGGAGUUGAGGAAUAGACAGGGUGGUUUGAGGGAGAUGAAGAGGGAAGGAGGCUGAGGAACUGCCUUUCUAAAAUGCCGUAAAGGCAAAUUGCAGACCUGCAAUGAGACCAAGAAAUUGGACAAAUCUUCAAAACACUUUAACCUCACAACUGAAAACACCUUAAGGCUGUUCUGAAUUACCAGUUUGUCCAAAAGCUCUUCCUGGAGAGAGUUUUAGUUAAUAUGAGUGUCCAACCACCAACACUUAUUUUAAAAAAGAAAUGGAACCAUCAAAAAGAUUGUGGAUUGGCAUAAUUCUCAUCCUGGUUUUCACCAUGCCUAUCCUGUUAAAAUUAAUUGUUCAAUUAAUUGGCAUGAAAGGGGGUACGGGUCAGGAACAAAUGAGUAGACUUCACCUUCCUUGGGGACUAGCUCCUUGUAAAAACAAGAGCAUAGCCGAUAUAUUUAACAAUGAAUGUGUUAAACCACUCAUACAAGGUGUCAUUGUCCCCUAGUUUAAUGAAGACAAUAGCAUCACCCCGACCCACCUCCAAAAAAUGGAUAAAUCAAUUGUUCAAUAGUCUUUCAGCACAUUAGUGAUAUUAUGUACAAUGUGGUCUAAUUCAGUCUCCUCCUCAGCCCUAUAUUAGAAAGGUGAUUUUAAAACAAGUUAAUAAUCAAUUCUACCCAAUUCUUAAAUAUUUUUCAAUGGGGCCUCUCAGUGCACAAAUGUGACUUUGCUAGGUUGUGAGAUCACUGAAGAUUGCUCCCUUAAGAAGUUUUGGAAAUUCCAGUUUUCCCUUUUAGACUGGAGUUGGUCUAGUGAGUCCAUUUGCAUUGACAGAAUUGGGUACAACAUUAGUUUUACAUUCCCCCCCAAGUAUUAUUCUUUGUUGAAGUUGUUGUAGUACAUCAGACCGGGUGUUAAACCAGUAUUCCUCCUUGACUCCAUGUCUUUCUCACUUAGCGAUUUGUGUUAAAAUUACCACCCCAAUUUAAUUCCACAGAGGUGACCUUUGGAUCCCUUGACUGUCUCCCUUGUAAUUGGGCUGACUGUAGUUUGAACACCACUGGAAGAGGCAGCACUUGCUGUCAAACUGUCAAGAGCAGCCAAUUUACCAGCCUCACUGCAAAUACCACUCACAUCCCAAACAGGCCCAAAUUCCUUCCUUUCAGUUUAUUGUGGGUGUGGUGAUAUAGGUGUGGGACCUGUGGCCCUAAUGAGAGCCUGAAACUCAAUCUUAAGCAAUUUGUGUCAUUCAACCAUUCAAAAGAAUUCCCUUGAGUAUAGAAGAUUCAGGGACAAUCUAAUUGAGAUGAUUAAAAUAAUUCAAGGAAUUAAUAGGAUAGAUGGAGAGAAUCAAUUACAUAUGGUGGGGGAGUCCAGAACAUGGGGGCAUAACUUUGUGAUUAGAUCUAGGCUGUUCAGGGGUAAUGUCAGGAAGCAUUCGUCACACAAAAGGUAGUGGAAAUCUGGAACUCUCACCUCCCAUAAAACGGUUGAAGCUGGAUGAUCAAUCAUAAAAUUUGAAAAUUGAGAUUCAUAAAUUUUGUUAGGUAAUGGCUAAAGAAGUUGUAUAACUGAGGCAGGUAGGUGGAAUUAAGAUGCAGAUCAGUGAGGAUCUAAUUGGAUGGUAGAGAGGAUGAAUAGCCUACUCCUGUUCUUAAAGAUUACCCUCCGCCCUCAAUCCCAUCUGCCCACUUUAAUAUUGUUUGUCUAACCUUGUACUCUGUGAUAAUGCUGUGUUAACAUUCUCUGGAGAGAUGGGCUCACUCUCCUGUUUGAUACUUUCAUUUCAAUGUAAACUCCUGAGUGAUAUUUCAGAACUUUUAUCUAUCUUUUAUGCACAGAAUCCAAUUAUUUAGUCUUUAGUUUUACAGAGAAAGCAAUAAAUUUCUAGCAAACAGCA